ACUGUCAGCAUGCUGUUGUAACUAUGAUGCCGCAUCAUCAAAACAGUUUAUUAAAAUGGCGAUGGAGUGAUAAUAUAUUUUAACCGUAUACUUAUUAGAUAGUUACUCGAAGAGUUAAUUGUAUACAAGAUCGCGGGCUGUCAUUGUUCAAUUAAAAUCGCUCGCGUGUUUUAUAAAACGUUGCGCCACAUUUUUCGGUAAUCACGUAUUUUUCAAAAUUUAUCUUUGGUUAUAAGUCUCGGUUUUGGUAUUGUUGAUGUUAUUGCGCCGCUACGCAGUUUUAAAACACUACAAAAUCUCACGAACGCUUGUCCCUCGAAUCAACUGACUACAGUACAAUUGUGUACUCUGUCAAGAUUUUGCUGAUCACGUGCCAAGUUGAUUCUACCAGUUUUUUCUCCUUUGAGGUUUUUACUAUGAUUAUUUUUAAUGUCAAUACUCAUGCUCUUUUGCAAUGUCAUGUCAGUAAUAAUCCAGGGUUUUGGAACUUUAUCAAAAGUGGUUUUUAAAAAAAUUGAGAGCAUGAGGUGUUUUUGAUAAAAUUUUUUUUUACUGCAUUGUAGUAGAAUGAUCAACUCAACGAGUGCACCACAUAUUCUUGAAUGAGAAUUUGUGAUUUAGUGCUAACAAGAAAUGUCGUUAUUUAACAAAUACUGCAAUAUAUCAUUAUCAUCUAGUCAAUACAUUUAAAGCAAUUUUUUGACUUUUGAGAGCAUCAAUUUUAUAAAACUGUACAUAAAAAAAAGUCAAGUACUAAUAUUUAACUUGUCAAAACUAUCCAUGCUUUGAUGAAAUGAUGUUUCGUUAUAUUUGGUCACUUAUAAACUGGUACCUCAGACCAUUUAUCAAGUGGAUAUUGCGCCAUACCACACAUAUGUGUGAGCUUCAAAGGAUAUGUUAUGGAGAACCCGUAGGAGCACCUCGUACUGUUGCUGUGGAACAUUCCCUUCGACUUUCGAGAAACCCAGAUGUUAAGUCAUUGUUAUCUUAUUUAGAUGAUGUUGCUAGUCAGCAGAGAAUCAAUGUUAGGACCGAGCGAGCAAUUCUAGAAGAAGCUAUUAAAACUAUUCUGAUAACCAAAAAAAUCAAUCCUACAGCGCAUCCUGAUUUUGCCAAAGCAUUUGGCAAAUGUGUAGAGUUGAUAUGGGGAUACAGACAACUUUGCAUGCAGUGUGAAGAAUUGAGACAAAUGCAAUACGAUUCUGAAAAUCCCUUACAUGAAAGUUUGCUUUUACGAUUGUGGGACUUACUGAUGCCUUAUGAUCCACUUGAUGCAAGGAUAACUAAACAAUGGCAAGACAUUGGCUUUCAAGGAGACGAUCCAAAGACUGACUUUAGAGGGAUGGGUAUGCUAGGAUUAGAAAACCUGGUCUACUUUGCCCAGGAGUACCCAAGCGCUGCAACACACGUUCUGUCGCAUUCCAUGCAUCCCAAAUAUGGUUACGCUUUUGCUAUUGUAGGCAUUAAUUUGACGAGCAUGGCUCUGCGCUUGUUAAAAGAUGGAUCAGUAAAGACACAUAUUUACAAUUCAUCUAAAACUCUACCGUCUAUCCGUGCCUUUCAUCAGUUUUAUUGUUACCUAUUUUAUGAAUUUGAUGGGUUUUGGAUAGAAUCAAAACCGAGCAACAUGAUGGAAUUUUCUUCUAUUCAAGAAAAGUUUGAGAACAAUAUUAGAGUGGCUCUUGCCAAUCCUUCGACUGUUUUUAGAAUAAAUUUAUCUGUAGACAAUAUUUAGCACAAGUGUAAAGAUUGUGUAUAAGAUGCUUUGAAAG